ACGGAGGGAGUACUACUUUACAUCCAACCAUCAGCUCGAAAUAGAGAUCUACAAAUCUGUAGAUAAAAAUCAUUACAACUUACAAGAAACAAUGAGUGAUGCAAUUAUAGGUGACCUUGCUAGCGGCUUGAUUCGUAAGCUCGUUUCGCUUGCAACCGAAGAAAUAAUACUAGCUUGGAAUCUUCUGGACGAUCUCGUAAGACUAAGGCAAAGGAUGGAAUCAAUUGACGCUCUCUUACUCGACGCUGCUACCAAGAAACUAACCAUGUCGGCUGUCCAAACCUGGUUCAACCAAAUCGAAGCUGUCGCUCAUGUUGCUGAUGUUUUUAUGGACGAACUUGCGUACCAAGUCACUCGACAUAAGGUACAGCAUCAUAGAGUAUGGGAUUUUCUCAUUCCAUCUAAAAAAAGCAGCUUAUUAUAUCGUUUUAAAGUAGCUCAUAAGAUGAAGUCUAUCAAUACUUCAUUUGACAAUAUUUUUACAAGUGCUGGAGAGCUUGGGCUUCAGCCUGUAGCUCAUUUACUUGCCACUAUGCAAACGAGGCUAAUACGCAAGACACCUCACUCUGAAGACAAGUCACUAUUAGUUGGGAGAGAUGAUGAUAUAUCUUAUUUAGUCCAAAUGGUGUGCAAGAAUCAUGAAGUUGAAUUGCCUGUCACUGCUGUAUAUGGGAUGGGGGGUCAAGGCAAGACGACGGUUGCGCGAAUGGUGUACAAUAGAGAUGCUGUGAUCAAUAUGUUUCCGAAGAGGAUGUGGAUAACUGUGUCAGAAGAUUUUGAUUUCAUGAAGAUUUUGAAUCAAAUGGUGGUGUCACUCACUUCAACGGCUUCUGUUUUGGAGAAUACAGAAGGGUUGAUUAAAGAGCUUCAAAAGAAUCUCAAGGGGGAGAAGUUUUUACUUGUACUGGAUGAUGUGUGGAAUGAGAAACCGGAGGAGUGGGAUAACUUGAGGAAUUCUUUGCUUGAAAUUGGUGGUGCGAGAGGAAGCAAUAUAUUGAUUACCACACGUAGUCAGGAAGUUGCUUAUGCCAUGAGAUGUUCUGUUUCUUAUCAGGUGAAGAUAUUAUCGGAGGAAGAUAGUUAUGAAUUGUUCAAGAGAAUAGCUUUUUCUCAUGGUGGAAUCGUAGAGACAGAGGCAUUUGAAGAGUUGGGGAGAAGAUUGGUGAAACGGUGUGGUGGCUUGCCUCUGGCAAUCAAAACACUAGGCGGUUUGUUGCACUCAAAGGAGUCUGAACAAGAAUGGUUGGAGAUCCAAAACAGUGAAAUAUGGAAAUCAAAAGGUGUAUUGGCUUCCUUGCGUUUGUCAUAUGAUAAUUUACCAUAUUCUUCGUUGAAAAGAUGUUUUGCAUAUUGCUCCAUCAUACCAAAGGAUACCGACAUUUGUAAGGAUGAAUUAGCACAGAUAUGGAAGGCAUUGGGAUUUCUAUUGCCUGCUAGAGGAAGUACUGCAUUAAUGGAAGAUAUUGGCUACGAGUACUUCAACAUUCUGUUAUGUAAUUCUUUGUUACAAGACGUAGAAAAGGAUGCAGUGGGAAACAUCACUAGUUGCAAGAUGCAUGAUCUAGUGCAUGAUCUUGCACUAGAUCUAUCUAAAUAUCACUCUGUAACUGUGAAGACAGGCCAUGAGCUGAACAUUGUAUCCCAUAUCUCCCAGCCUAUAUAUUUGAGGCUUGAUGAACGAAUUUCAAAUAGAAACCCAGCAAUUUUAAAGAGAAAUCUUGAGAGGGUUCAAGCAUUAUAUACUGGGGCUCGUUUCCUGGGUGACAUGUUACCUUACCUCAAACACUUGACUGUUCUGGUUUUGAAUGCUAAUGAAAUCACUUCUGAGUUGCCAAGUUCGUUGAGCAAGAUGAAAUAUCUAAAAUAUCUUGAUAUCUCUUGUUUCCGUGGUAUAUUGCCAAGCUACAUCACAGACCUCUACAAUUUGGAGACAUUGAGAGUUUGGGCUCUACAAGUUCUUCCAAAAGAGUUCUGCAAUUUGAUUAACUUGAGACAUCUAUACAUUGUGAAUCCACAUGAAAGAUGCAUGUUUAUUGGGAUCGAGAAUUUAACUUGUCUACAAACGCUGCCUCACUUUGUUGUGAGUCCAGAUCAUAGUUGUCUUGUUAAAAAUUUAGGAGGGUUGAAUAAUCUGAGAGGCAAACUUGACCUCUAUGGCCUUGAUAAUGUGGAAGAUAUGGUUGAAGCAACUCAAGCGAAGCUCUGUCUAAAGCCUAAUCUCCAGUCUUUAGUGUUAGAAUGGGACACCAAUACAAGUCUAAGGGUAGACGAAGAAUACAAUGAUGAGGAAGUGAUGAGAGGAUUAAAACCCCACACCAAUCUGAAAGAAUUAAAGAUUGAAUACUUUAAGGGGAAGCAGCUUGCAUCAUGGAUUGCAAUGAUGACCAACUUGGUAAAAAUCACAUUGAGAUAUUGCUCAAGAUGUGAAGGACUUCCAACACUGGGCCACCUUCCUAAACUUAGGGAGAUGGAGAUAAAUAGGAUGAAAAAUGUCAAAUUCAUUGGGGACAAUUCCAGUGGAGGUCGCGGUAGUGGUGGUACUGAGUUUACUGCAAGUUGGGGAACAAAAACUAAUACAACUAUGUAUCCAUCAUUGACAAAACUCCGUUUCUUUGAUUUGCCAGAGCUUGAAGAAUGGCUGGAAUCGGUUAUGAGUACAUGUGAUGAAGACCGAAGUACUAUGCUAGCAUUUCCUAAACUUGAGGUUUUGGAAAUCAAUGGUUGUCCAAAGUUGACAAGAAUCCCGGGUAGUUGUUUUCCUUCCUUGAAAUUAUUGUUCAUAGUAGAUUCAGACAGCAGCAGCAUGAUACUAGAAACAAUUAGUAGAAAUGUUAGCUCACUCGCGUAUCUACGACUGGAGAAUAUUAGCAACGGAGGAGGAGGCUCAUCCUCUUCGUCUUCUUCUUCAAAAAUGGAUUCCAUAAUUGAUCAGCUCCUGGAAAACAAUUUUAAGUCUUUGGAAACUUUGAAACUAUAUGACUGCAAGGGAUUGACAAGUCUGAAACUUGGUCCGGCUAUUAAGGAAUUAGAAGUGAGUUACUGUCAUGAUCUAACCAGUAUCAAUUUAGUCGAAGACUCAAGUGUUCUGAACUAUGUUACGAUUUGGGGAUGCCCCUCUCUUUCAAACUGGAUAUCAGGUUAGAUCUCCUUGGUUGGGACAGGUAAGGUCGAACAGUCAAUGAUGCCUACCUGCGGGGGAACUUGAUGAUUAAUCCUGUCAAAGACCCAGGGAAGAAGGAUGUAGGAAGGGGAGUAAGCCAGAAUUGUCAAGGAUUCAGCAUAUUUCAAAUAUAAGACGGCUGGAUGAGAUGAAGGUAGAGAAUCAGAGAAGACUUUCUUCCAGACAUGGCAUUGAACAUAACAACUGCAGGAACAAAGAAGGAAGCACAUGCAAAGGAAGAAGAAGAAUGGGAACAUUUGAGAUCAGGCAGAGGUAUAGGUUCUUGAGUGCUGGAUCAGAGUAUCAGACAGAACUUUGGAAUGUUUUGUUUAGUUCUUAACAACUGGCAUCAUGUGCUUAGGCCCUUGCUGUCCGGCCCUUCUUAUUAUGUUAAAAAUUUAUGAGAGAUAUGCCAACAAGGUGUUGGUGCGGUGGUUGAGCUCUGGUACCCCUUGAUAUGAACCUGCCACUUGACCGAGUUAAUUAUCAAAGUGGUUUAUGAUUAUGAAGAAAUUUCGAUAGUAAUUCUUUAUUUGUCACAUUAGUUUUUCCUCUUUUGCUAAAUUUGGUCUCCGCUUUACUGUUGUAUGAACUAAAAUAGUUGAGACCUCCCGAUGAACCUGAGCACUGGUCUCAGUGGUGACAUGGCGGCCUUGAUAAUGCUUAUGCAUCGAAAGAGUUGUCACUC